AUGGCCGCUCAAACUGGGACUACAGCAGCAACAACAGACACCGAUCUCAAAACAUUCCGUGAUUUUCUAAUGCAGUACAAUAAUGUGACGGAACAAUGCUUUGGAGCUUGUAUCAAUGACAUGACAACGAGAACCGUCAGUGAGAAGGAGGAAAAGUGCAGCAUGAACUGCCUCGACAAAUAUCUGAAGAUGACUCAACGUGUUUCGCUCCGAUUCCAGGAACAUCAACUUCUUUCCGCUGAAGUACAAGGUGCAAACCUUUCACGUAGCUAG